AUGUCAUUGAUAAUAUGUAAUUGGUCUUUUUUUCUCUCAUUCAGGGAGGUAGUGCAAGCCAACUGUGUCCACUGGAGAAAGAAGUUCUCAUUUAUGUGCAAAAUGAGUGCAAGUGCUGCCACAGGCAUCCUGGAUCCCUGUAUCUACAGAGUAUCUGUAAGGAAGGAAUUAAAAGGUGGAAAAGCUUAUGCAAAGCUGGGCUUUGCAGAUCUAAACCUGGCAGAGUUUGCUGGAUCAGGAAAUACCACUCGUCGCUGCUUACUGGAAGGCUAUGAUACCAAAAAUACAAGACAGGAUAAUUCCAUUCUUAAAGUUCUGAUCAGCAUGCAGCUAAUGUCCGGUGAUCCGUGUUUUAAAACACCUCCUUCUACAUCAAUGUCUAUAGCAAUUGCUGGUGAAUCUGAGUCUCUGGAAGAAGAUAGAAAAGGCGGAGAGACUCUCAAAGUCCACCUUGGAAUAGCAGCCCCACUGAAGCUGCAGCCUCCCACUGACAGCAUCUGUUCCUCACAGAUAUACCAGGAGUUUCCCACCCUCCCACACCGACCCAGAAAUUCCUGCCAGUCCCCUCUCAAGUGUGAUUCUCUUUCAGCAAUCACUUCCCCUCUGUCAGAAGUUCUUUAG